AUGCCUCAGCUGAUGAACGUGUGGUGCAACCUACAUACAUGCAGAAGUAGCGUGCUUCUAGAAAACACUCUGCAGAAACGGCUGGGGGAGAAGCAUUCCGUAAUCCGCCGUACUUCCGCUCCGCCGAGGGACCAUAGACCGAGGCUCGCUUCCGUCUGGGAGGUGGAUUCGCGUUUCUUGGCGUCUGGCGGUAAACAGGUUCCGCUGCGGGUGCGGGGAAAGGGGGAGAAGCUCCGGGCGGAAGUCCGUGAUCGGCCUCCGCCCUCCCAUCUUGAGCUGAGACCGCUGAGCACUCCUACCUUGGCAUACGUGUCGGUCUUAGUUCUCGCCACCGGCGGCCUCAAUUCUAAUACCGCAUACCUUGAUUUUGGAGAUCUUUCUCCAAUUAUGGCUCUGCUCUCCCGUCGCCAAGCGGCUACUCCCUGUUGGAGGCCGGCACAAGGUCGCUUCGGCAUCCUUGCCUCGGGGAGUCCGGGCGCUUAG